AUGAACGACUUUGAAAAUGGUUCAAUAGAAGAUGAAAACAUUCUUUUGAGUUAAGGUGAAGUAAAAAAAUUAAAACGAAAAAAAGGAAAUUAAUAUUGCUUUUGGUUUAAAAAUGAUGAACCAUUAAUUACAAUAGGACCUCAUUGUAAACUAAUUUUUUGUAAUAGAAGGGCCUUUUCCCUUGUUUCUAAUUGUAAUUUUGAUUUUCGGAACAUAUUAUAUAGGAUUUAUAUUCUAUAAGAGCGAGAUAUUAUUUAGAAUUGUAUAAAGUUGCUCUGGAUUGUUUUUAAUAUUAAGUUUCAUAAUUACUGCUUUAUAAAAUUAAGGAAUUAAUUAUUAAUCAAUAAAUGCUACAUUUUUAGAUAGUAUUUAAUAAAUUUAAAUAGAUUGGUGUUAAAUUUGUUAAAUGAAUAAACUUAAAGGAACAAUACAUUGUAAGGAUUGCAAUAUUUGUAUAAGAGGUUAUGAUCACCAUUGUAUAUGGAUUGGUAAAUGUGUAGGAGAAGGAAAUUAAUUUGCUUUCAAUGUUUUUAUUUUGGCUUUUCUUGUUUUUUUUGUUAUUAAUUAUGUUCUGUUGUUAAUUUGA